GAGCUCCGGGGGCCACGCUCGAAAGCUGGGCGGACGCCGCUGGCGACUACGGUGUUAACGUGACCAGGAGUAACGGCCUGUUGUCAAACCCAGUCCCUGCGGGAAUCUUGAAUGUUUUCUCCCGUCUGCUGUGGCCUUGUCUUUGCAAAUCUCGAGUGCAGAAAUGGACAGCACCAGUCAAAACAAUCUGAAACGGAAUAAGUCUGAGAAGAAAUUAUUGAGGAAACAGAUCAAGGCCAGAAACACUUUAAUGAGGCAUGAGGGCAUCGAGUGUGUAUCGCACACCACAAAGAGCUUGGUCAUUGCCAAUGGAGGUCUGGGUAAUGGUGUGAAUAGACACCAACUGCUCAGGCUAGUAGAGGAAUGUGGAUUGGUGGAAGCACUCUUAAUGCCUCCAAAUAAACCGUAUUCGUUUAUGAAAUAUGGGUCGACAGAAGAAGCAAAGAAAGCCUACGACACUCUCAAUGGGAAAGAGAUAACACUGGAGGACUCCGACCAAAAUGUUACUCUGUAUGUUAACUUUGUGGAAAAAGUGCAUUGGGAGGACAUUAUACCUAUUAGCUUGCCUCCAGGCCUGAUGAUGGUUGAAGAGCUUGUGUCUCCUGAAGAAGAACAAAAGAUGUUGGAAAGUAUUGAUUGGACAGAAAAUGAAGUCAUUCAAAAUGCCCAGAAGUCUUUAAAACACAGAAGGGUAAAGCAUUUUGGAUAUGAGUUUCGAUAUGACAACAACAAUGUAGACAAAGAUAAACCAUUGCAUGGAGGGCUCCCGGGAAUUUGCAGCAUGCUUCUGGAGAAGUGCUUGAAGCAGGGAUAUAUCAAACAUAAACCCGAUCAGUUGACAAUAAACCAGUAUGAACCUGGACAAGGAAUUCCUCCUCAUAUUGAUACUCAUUCUGCGUUUGAGGAUGAAAUAACCUCUCUCAGUUUAGGAGCUGAGAUUGUGAUGGAUUUUAAGCACCCAGAUGGCCGUACAGUGGCGGUUAUGCUUCCUCAACGGAGUUUACUGGUGAUGACUGGAGAAUCUAGAUAUCUGUGGACUCAUGGGAUCACGCCUCGAAAGUUUGAUAUUGUUCAUGCAUCUGAGCGACAGAAAGUUGGAUCAGUCACUCCUGAUGUUGGAGAUUUGACAUUAAACAGGAGGGGAACAAGGACAUCGUUUACUUUUAGGAAAGUGAGGCGAAGCCCUUGCAAUUGCAUUUACCCUUCUGUAUGUGACAGUCAGCAGAGCCAUCAAAGAGAGGAAGCACCCUCAUUCCAUGACAGUGAGACAGAAGCCCCAAAGCUGGAACAAGAGUAUGUACACAAGGUGUAUGAAGAGAUCGCAACACACUUCAGCAGCACCAGACAUAGUCCGUGGCCCCAAAUUGUUGAGUUUCUUAGGACUUUACCAAAAGGCUCUAUAGUGGCUGACAUAGGUUGUGGAAAUGGGAAAUAUCUCGGAAUCAACAAGGACUUGUACAUGAUUGGCUGUGAUCGUAGCCAAAACCUGGUGGACAUCUGUGGAGAAAAGAAAUUCCAGGCAUUUGUUUGUGACGCAUUGUCUGUGCCAGUUCGAAAUAGUUCUUGUGAUGCCUGCAUCUCCAUCGCUGUAAUCCACCAUUUUUCUACAGCAGAAAGAAGACUGGCUGCUGUCUGUGAAUUAGCCCGGCUCCUAAGGCCUGGCGGAAAGGCACUCAUUUAUGUCUGGGCAAUGGAACAAGAAUACAACAAACAGAAGUCAAAGUACCUUAAGGAAAAGAGAGCUAGUAAAGGGAAAGAAGAGGAAAUCAAUACUGAUGUGGCCUGGGGAUUGUUCUGUGAUCAAACGCAUGACAACGGUAGCCAAGACUCAGCAUGUUCUGACCAAAUCCUUAAUGACUCUAAGGAUAAAGGCGGCAAUGCAAAGCAGGUAAUUAACUCCAAGCUGCCUGUUCAUACUAACAGAACGUCCUUUCAUUCUCAAGAUGUGCUGGUUCCCUGGCACCUGAAAGGGGGCACUAACAAGAAAGGGGAAUAUGCCAAAGUCCUUCAGCUUCCAGCUGGUUCUAAGGAAUUGCAAGAAUUCAGUCCUGUUUUCCACCGCUAUUAUCAUGUGUUCUGUGAAGGAGAACUGGAAGCAGCCUGCAAAACCCUGGAUUGCAUAAGAAUUCAAAAGAGUUACUAUGAUCAGGGAAACUGGUGUGUGGUUCUUGAAAAACAGUAACCCGCUGAAAGAGACGCUAUUUUCAGCCUAAAUCUUUGCCUGUGGUAGUACUGUGCAGAGGCAUUUUAAAACCCAUCCUGUAGUUGUUACUGCCUUUAAAAUUGUACAAUAAACACAGUUAUUUUAAGACAUUAGCCAAGGUUA